AUGGCAGCGAUAAGACUGAAAGGAAGCCACACCGUGAGGCCUUGUGAUCCUACGUGGAUUGGAACAAUGGCGUUAUCUGAAUGGGAUCAAAUAGGUUGCGUCACCCACGUUCCCGCCAUUUACUUGUAUCGAUCCCCAAACAGAUCGGCUUCCGCCAUUGCCGAGACCUUGAAGGACUCGUUAAGCAAAGUGUUGGUGCCGUUUUACCCCUUGGCCGGUCGUUUGCAGUGGAUAGGCAAUGGCCGUCUUCAGCUUCAGUGUAACGCCAUGGGAGCUCGCUUCAUUGAAGCUGAGUGCGAAUCGAGUCUAAACGACAUUGGCGACUUGUUUCUCUCCCCUCAACAUCGUAACCUCUUCCCAUCUGCAGAUUAUGGCCUCCCCAUUCAUGAGCUUCCUCUGUUUCUGGUUCAACUCACCACCUUCAGAUGCGGUGGCGUCACCAUCGCAAUUGCUCUUUCUCACGCCGUUGCAGAUGGACCAGCUGCCCUUCACUUCAUGUCUGAGUGGGCUAGGAUUACAAGAGGCGAGACACUACAAACGCCACCUUUUCAUGACCGGAGCGUCUUCCGAGCCGGGCAGCCACCGUUGGCGUCGUCACCGCGGCCAACCCUCGACGAUUUCCCAGAGUAUGGCAAGCCCGCGUUACUACUUGGUCAAUCAGAUACUUCAGAGGAAAGGAAGAAGAAAACCACAACAGCUAUGCUGAAGAUAACAAAAGCCCAAGUUGAGAAGUUGAGGAAGAUGGCGAAUGACAGUAGGGAAAAGCCCAUGGCUCGUGGGUUCACUCGAUACGAGACGAUUUGUGGACAUGUUUGGAGAAUCUCAUGCAAGGCAAGAGGACACAGAAAGCAGCAGCCAACCGCAAUGGGUAUUAUUAUUGAUUCAAGGAGUCGCAUGAGGCCUGAACUGCCAAGAGAGUUCUUUGGAACUGCAACUUUUGAUGUGAUAGCUCAGAGCAUGGCAGGUGAUCUCAUGUCGAAGCCAUUAGGGUUUGCUGCGAGUAAAGUGAGGGAAACAAUAGAGAAGGUGACAGACAACUACGUGAGGUCGUCGAUAGAGUUCUUGAAGAACCAGAAGGACUUGAAAGACUUUCAAGAUAUACAUUCAUUGUUAAGGAAAGAGGAAGGACCGUUUUAUGGAAACCCUAAUAUUACAGUGGUGAGUUGGCUGACGUUGCCUUUAUAUGGGUUUGAUUUUGGGUGGGGAAAGGAACAGUACAUGGGACCUGGACCUUAUGAAGAUGAUGGAAAUUGUUUGCUUAUGCACAGCCCUGAAGGAGAUGGUUCUGUUGUGGUUGCUAUGUGCCUUCAGGAAGCUCAUAUGGAUGAGUUUAAGAAGCUUUUUUAUCAAGACUUGCUGUGA